UCUUCCCAGACGAAAUAAUAUGGCUUUCAGGAUUAUUGCCUUCGUCACCCUCAUGGUUGGCGUUUUUGCUGACUCUGGGGUUAGAUAUAGUCCGCCCACUCCAGCCUACAAUCCUCCCGCCCCAUCCUACAAUGCCCCUACACCUGCUCCGUCAGGACCAGCUCAGUACGACUUCAAUUAUGCUGUGAAGGACGACUACUCUGGAAACGACUUCGGUCACCAAGAGAGCCGAAAUGGAUAUGACACUCAGGGUACCUACUACGUCCAGCUUCCCGAUGGUCGUCUGCAGACGGUGACCUAUACCGUGAACGGCGACUCCGGUUACGUAGCUGAAGUUUCUUACCAAGGAGAAGCCCAGUACCCAGCCCAGGAGCCUUCUAGGUCCUACCAACCAGCUCCUUCUCCAUCUUACCAACCUGCUCCCACCCCUGCCUACGGCUAAUCUUUCACAUCGAUACACUAGAUCCUGUAAAGAAGAAUAUACCUUUAAUUGUAAAUAAAACACUGUGUUCAA